AUGCACGGACAUAUGGCACCACAGCAGCAUCCAGGGAUGCAUCCGGCACAUCAACCGCCACCACAUUUAACGCAUUUAACCAGCCUGCCACCACACAGCAUACAGCGUGACCAUCCCGCUACCAGACUAAACAACGGCCGCCAUCAUCAUCCGCGCGGUGUCGACCAUCAGGCGGCAGCAGGUAUGGCACCACACCUUCCGAUGCAGGUUCCGCCACCAACACACCAACCCUCACACCAGUCACAAAACGCGAGAAAGCCACCGGGACCUUAUUACAGCAUGCACGGUGGCCUACCGAAGUCCAUGCCAUUGACCACACCCCAUCUACAUCCUUCGCCACCGGGUUUGGGUGUAGGACCGCCGCAGCCACCUCAACCACUGCCACCACACCAGCAGCAUAUGGGUUCGAUUGCGCACCCGUCGGUAGUCGGUGGAAAUCAUCCGUCCGGUCCGGGUGGUAAAAUUCCGUAUGGGAUGGGUGGUGGUGGUGGUGGUGGAGGUGCUGGUGGUAGUGGAGCUGGAGCAGUAAUGGCACAGCAUCAACAGCCCUCGGUUUCAGUGCAUCAUUCAGUGACGAUGCAAGCACCACCGCCGAUACCUGUGGUCUCAGCAGCGACUCCGGCCGGUACGAAAACGCGUCACAUCCCAUCUAACACGGACCAUAAAGUCCAUCACAGCCAUGGCCAUAGUGUGCUGCAGUCGAAUGGCAAUUGUGGUCCCGGUUCGAAGGGGAUUGCGAACAACCAUCACACGAACCAGACGGGAUCGACUAUGGAUAAGACAAAGGUGUCUGUUGGAACUGCAUCUAGUGGCGGUAAUCGACACCACCACAAUCACCAUCAUAAUCAGCAUCAACAGCAGCAGCAUCAACCACAACAGCAAAUCGUCUCGAAGUCAAAUGAUGUUCCACUCCCAAAGGACUCGGCUGCGGUAAUAGCAGUGACAGUAAGUGCCGCCAAUGCCACACCGGCCGUUUCAAACGUUGUACCGGCGAUGGCGAACCAGACGGACACGACGGCUAUCGCUACUACUACCCCAGCGAACGGAGGAAUGUCAUCGAUGGCGGAGGGACAGAAUGGAGGAAUCAACCAGUUGGCGGCGACACAACACUCUCCAACCGACUCGAUAGAAGCCUUGGCAAACAUUAAAGAGAAAACUACCAUGUGUUUAGUUAACGAAUUGGCGCGGUACAAUAAAAUCCAGCACCAGUACCGUUUGACGGGCGAAUCCGGACCGGCACACAAGAAACACUUCACCGUCACGCUGAAGCUGGGCGAUGAAGAGUACACGGCCGAAGGGGCGAGCAUCAAGAAGGCCCAACACAAGGCGGCCGGCGAUGCGAUCGCGGCGACCAAGUACAAGCAUCCACCGGCCCGGACGAACCGUCGCACUAAAACCGGCACCAAGGGCAACGUGAGCAGCUUCACUCCGACGGUCGAGCUGAACGCGUUGGCCAUGAAGCGCGGUGAACCGACUGUGUACACCGUAAAGGCGGUCCCGAUACCGGUAUCGAAGUACGGUCCAGCGAACGGUACGACAGGAGGUCCGGUCCCGGCCACUGCAACCGGUGGAAGACGCCCGGUGGAAGAUAAGUCCGCACCGGGUAUUGCCCACUCACCCGGCACGGGGUACGGUGGUGCGGGACGAUACGCGGCCGAUGGCGGUAAUGGUGCGGGGGCACCCGGUGGCAAUGGGUACUGGUGCCGGGCGAUCACUGGACCGACGGGUAUUGCGGCUGGUGUUGGCGGACGUGGAGGCAUGGGUGGAUUUCAUCCGGGACACCAGCAGCAACAGCAACAUCACGGUCAUCACCCGCGUGACGAUCAUGCGAAUCGUCAUCAUGCGCCACACAACUAUCACCAUCAUGAAGGAUACGGACACCACGGUUCGUCGGCACCGGUGGCAUCCGUGCAGGAGUUCUAUAAGGCAACGUUGCGCGUUGGGGAACGAACGUUUCUUGGCGAAGGUCACACACCGCAAGCCGCACGACACGAUGCCGCUGCCAGAGCGCUGGAAGUGUUGAAACCGCUAACUGCGGAUAGUGCCGAAGGCAAGGGCAAAUCCGGUGAAUGUCCAGCCAACGGUGAUACUCUUUCAAGCGAUGGCGUUGGCACAUCUGCCGACGGGUACGAUCCAAAUGCGGAACUGAAGUCACCAAUUUCACUCGUUCACGAGAUAGCAGUGCAGCGUAGUUUGACGGUCGUAUUUGAGGUAAUCAGUGAGAAGGGUCCACCACAUAUGACUGUGUUUGUGACUCAGUGCAAGGUGGGUACGAUCAUAACUGAAGGCGAGGGAACAGGCAAAAAGCUAUCGAAGAAGCGGGCCGCCGAAAAAAUGCUAGAAGAGCUACGCAAGCUGCAAAGUGUGGAACAGCAAACGUAUCCUCCGUUGUGGGGCGAAAGCAGCCCAGGCACUCAAGGUGGCGAAAAGCGUAAAUCUAAUGCGAAAUCUGCGACUGCAGCGGAUGGUGCUACAGCGAAGAAAAAGGCGCGAAAUCUUAUCAAAGAAAAAUCGAUUGCAGACGUGGCCGAGAAGGAAAAUCCCAUUUCACGUUUGAUGCAGAUCCAGCAGGCUCGCAAAGAGAAGCAACCCGUUUACACGUUGCUGGAGAACGAUCGACCGAAUGUCGGCAGACGACGCCAGUUCACCAUUGAGGUUAGUGCCAGUGGACGCCAGGCGACUGGUGUCGGUAUGACGAAAAAGGCCGCCAAAUGGAACGCGGCCGAAGCACUGUUGGCGGAGCUGGGAUACGCAACGGAGUCGAAGGGACCGACUGCGACGGGUGGUGAUGGGGCCGCAAACAAGGAAAACCAGCCUGGCGCGGCCAACGAUUCAUCUCCACCGGGUGGCAAGCGUUCGCGAAAGGUUAGGUUCCAGGACGAGCAAAGAAACGGCGUGCCAUCUGCGACACAAAUCCUACCAAAUGUCACAUCUUCAAGUGGUGCAAAUCAAGGUAAAGGUGAAACAUCCAAUGACUCGUUGAACGACAGUAUCGCUUCAACCGACAGCAUGGGAACGAACAGUUCCGGAGUGUCAAGUGCAUCCUCAGUUGCACCGAAAGCCGCCAUCGGUGCAAAGAAAGAGCAGCUCCUGUAUCUUGCCCAGCUUUUGAAAUUCGAGGUACAAUUUUCCGACUUUCCAAAGGGUAAUCAUGGUGAAUAUCUAACAUUAGUGAUACUGUCCACGGAACCGAAUCAGCUUUGUCAUGGUAGCGGAGCAAGUCUCCAGGAAAGUCACGAUGAGGCGGCACGUGGAGCCCUCGAAAUUCUGUCCAAAAUUGGUCUGGACAAUAUAAAGCCCAAAGCACCAGCAAACAACGCUUCGGAUGAUUCUACAAGCUCAGUAACAGGAGCAGCUUCGUCAACGGUAACGGUGUCUUCAUCAGGAACAUCCAACAAUAAAUAA